AUGUCUGCUGCUGGUCCUGCACCUGCUGUUAUCGGUGGUCCUCCGCCUGCAGGUGCCUUUCGUCCUGCUGGUAGUCGUCGGGGUGGUCGUCAUGCGGCCAAAGGUAAAGGUCGAGCUGGAGCUGGGGGUGGAGAUGAUGGUGAUGAUGAUAGUGGUGGUGGUGGACCUGGAAGUAUUGCCAGCACUGCUAUCGGUCCUCGUCCUCUUCGUGAUCAAAUCGCCCGUCCUUCCUUUGCGUUCUGUGUGAAAUGCGUAGCUGAAGCAGCUCUUCGUCCUCCUGCCGGUGCUGUUCCUGCCCACCACCACCACUAUCAUCAUGCAGUAUUCUAUCGCGGCUUGGAAGUCAAGAUACUACCAUCGUCAAGCCUACGUUUCGUACCCUGGGAACUAGAUCUAUCAAAACACAAGACCGGAUUGCCAGAGUAUAUCGGCCUUCAACGUGGCGAUGAGUGCCAUCGCAUCCGAACCCGCCCUGCACCCGAAAAUAUCUACAAGGCCCAGCUAGAUAUUACGGAUCUCCACUCCACAGCCGGUGAGUUUCUUCCCGAAGACGCAUACGCCCUAGUCCUCCUCACAAACAUGGAUCCCUACGAAAACGAAAACGACACAUUUAUCUGCGGACAGGCAAACCAUGGUAAACGCGUCGCAGUCAUAUCAAGUGCCCGGUAUAACCCCACCCUAGAUAACAUCCAAAACAUCGACCGUCAUUGA